AUGAGAACACGUAGUGUUACGUUACGUUACUACGUUGGAAAUUGUCGGUAUGUGGAGUGGUGUGGAGGAGCAAUGCAGCGAGGACUAACAUUGCCGACUCUGCAAUUCACCACAUCGCAUCUGCUCCUUUCACUCACGCGCUUCGCCUCUCCAAUACUUAUUUCUAAUGAUCAUCACAUAACUGAGCACAAAGAGGUGUUUCUUUCACAUAACAAAUAUUCAUCCCACAAGUAA